GCGACUUUGAGGUAAUCGGGGUAAACAGAAAAGAUGGCGGCGUCUGUCGCCGGAGAGAGCCUGUCCAGCCCGACCGGGACCAGGACCGCCAGCGGCAGUGAUGCCGGGGGCGCAAAUCGCAACCACCGCGGCGACAAGUUAACCGACUUGCCCACCGAGUUGUUGGAACACAUUUUGUGCUUGCCGGUGCUCGAACACGUCGACAUUUGUAAUGUGUCCUGCUGCUGCCUGCGCCUGCGCGACGUUUGCCACGGCCGAGGGAAGGUGUGGGGACACCAGUACAAACUCAGAUGGCCGCGACUGCAGAGGUUUUACCCGCAGAACGAGAGCUGCGACUGGCUGCGCGAGUACAAAACGCGCCAUCGGGUGGGCAUCCAGAUCCGGAGGACGGUGGGGUCCAUCUCCAAGCGCUUCUUUAUGGAAGUGCCAUGCAUCGGCCAGGUGCUGGGCGACACCUUCGCCGAGAUCGAGUCGCUGGGGAUGCCCGAACAUUUCUGCGAGGACGAGCUGCUCUUUAUCCUGCAAGCUGAAAAGAGGAAAAGCCUGACGUUGAAGUACUAUGCAAAGAAGAUCCUUUACUUCCUGAGACAGCAGAACAUCCUACGCGCGCUCAAGAGCUUCCUCGAGCAGCCGCCCGAGCAGCAGUCGGCGCUCGCGGGUGCCGUCCUGGUAGACCGCUACUGCAAUCCGCUGGCCGACGUCACGCUGGACGGGAUAUCGGCGCAGCUGGACGACAUGGCGGAGAAGGUCAAGAAGACGCUGCGGGUGAAGAAUCCAUCCCACCCCAGCCUUCGCGUGGCUCCAGGGGGCGAGCGACUUCCGUUGGAGGACUUGGAGCUCCAGCGGCAGGUGGUCUGCGCCCUCAACGCCGUCUUGUACGAGCAGCUACAGUACAAGGGUGACCAAUUGGACUACUACAACCCGCUCAACUCCUACAUCCACCAGGUGCUGCUCCGCCGCAAGGGCAUCCCCAUAAGCCUCUCGGUGGUCUACAUGACGCUGGCCCGGAAAUUGGGCGUCAAGCUGGAGCCGGUCAACUUCCCCAGCCACUUCCUGCUGCGCUGGUGCCAAAAGCAACGCGGGAGCGACGACAUCUACGACUACGUGUACAUCGACGCCUUCGGAAAAGGCAAGCAGAUGACGGCCAAAGAGUGCGAGUACCUCAUCGGGCACCAGGCCAGCGCCGACUACUACGGCGGCAUCGGGACCACCGACGUCUUGCUCAGGAUGGUGGGAAACCUGCUCAACAUCGGCAAACGGGGGGAAAGUAGCGAGAAGUCGUACCAGCUCCUGAGGGACACGCUGGACCUCUUCCUCACCAUCAACCCCGACAACGUUCCCUACCUUCUGCUGCAGGCCAGGCUCUACUUCCACCUGGGCAUCUGGCCCGAAAAGGUUCUGGACAUCCUGCAGCACAUCCAGGCGCUGGACCCGUCCCAGCACGGCGCGGUGGGUUACCUGGUGCAGCACACGCUGGAGCACAUCCAGCACAAGAAGCAUCCCGCCGCGCCCGAGGUCAAGCGGCGCGGGGCGGCCGAACACCGGGACGUCCGCUACUCCGUCGGGCUCGUCAUGAAACACAAAAGGUCGGGUUACAACUGCGUCAUCUACGGCUGGGACCCCAAGUGCACCAUGAACCAGGAGUGGAUCACCACCAUGAGGGUCCACCAGCUGCCCGACGGCGCCGAGCAGCCCUUCUACAACGUCCUGGUGCAGGAUGGCACCUGCCGAUACGCAGCGCAAGAGAACCUGGAGCCCCACUCGGACCCCCUGGAGAUCGGGCAUCCCGAGGUGGGCCGCUAUUUCUGCGAAUUCGCCCGCACGCACUACGUGGCCAACGACGAGCUGCGAACGCGCUACCCCGAUGACUCGGACCAGACGGAGGAGACGGCGCGCCACCUCUACCCGCACGCGCGCCCGCCCACGCCCAUGUAGCCGCCGCGUUUGCCGUUUGCGUCCCAACGUGGAGAUGGGGAAAGCUUGCCGGACACUUUAUAAGGUACACCCGCACUGGCUCGUGACGUUUUUUGCUUAUGAAGAUCACAUUUACUAUUAAUGUAAAAAAAAAUUAAUAAAUCAUGAUCUUAAUUGUGAUCCUGGAGGGAAAUUCAAUGAUUAGUUAUAUUAAUUUAAAAAAACAGGUUCACUUCAUUAUAGUGCAAAACUUGAAAUGUACAGUAUAUGCUCAAGUGUAGAAAUAAAUUGGUCAUUCUUCAUUAUUUCAGUUGUGAUCCUGAGGAGAAUUUCACCGAUUAUCAUGACUAAUUAAAUGUUUUAAAAAUAAAUAAAAAUAAAUAGGAGUAGUCCUGAAGGAAAUUCCAGAAUCGUAGUUAAUUGUAUACAUGUGAAACAGUAUAUAAAUAAUUGUAUAUCUUUUUUAUUAUUUUCAUUGUAAUUUCUGGAAGCAAAUUCUAGGAUUAGAAGAAGUGUAAUGAUUUUUU